AUGUCUAACAUGGCCAUGGGCGGCCCAGUUAGCGCCCCGAUGAACAUGAUGAACAACGGCGCACUCCCUCCCCAACAACCCGCCCAGCGACAGAUCCCACUCAACGACUCAAGCCGGACGCUGCUCAACACAUACAUCUACGAAUACUUUGUCCGUUAUGGCAUGUUUGACUGCGCCCGUGCCGUCUACAAUGAGGAUCCCCACAUCAACGUCAAGAAGGAAAGUCCCGGGAAGCUCCGCGAUGAGAAUGGCAACAUAAUCGGGAACGGGCUCGGCGACGAUGCCAUGGACACGGAUAACAAGGAUGGCUUGGACCAGAAACGCCCGGAUGACUUGCCGGCUCCCAACGUGCCCACUCCGGUUCCUGAUAGUUGUUUCCUCUACGAGUGGUUCUGCCUCUUCUGGGAUAUGUUCAAUUCCCAGAAGGGCAAGGGGUCAAACGGGCAGAUUAAUCAAUAUGUCCAACACACUCAGCAACAAUCUCGUCUACGGCAGGAGCAGCAGCGAGAUAUGCUCCGGCAAAUGCGCCCCGAGUACGCAGCUCAGCAGCAGUAUCAGCAGCACAUGAUGCGGGGCAUGCAAAACGGCGCCAUCAAUAUGGCCAUGAAAGGCAAUCAACUACAGAGGACUGCGAUGGCGAAUAGCCAGAACCCGCAGGCCAUGCAGAUGCUCCAUCAGCAAAAGGCUGCCAGUCAGAUGCAGCGAGAUCCCUCGGACAUGGACGGAGCCCGAGCUCGAGCGGGAUCCCCGGGUGGUGCUGAGAACGCGCCCUCCCCGUCUAAGCGGCCUCGCCUGGACGGGGCGCCGUUUAAUCCGAACCAACCGGUGAUGAUGCCGAACGGAAGACCGGGGCAGGGCAUUCCAGGGCAGCAGCAGGUAGGAAUCGGCCCCGAUGCAGCACGAGCAUUGCUCCUUCAGAAUGGCAUCAACCCAACUUCGCUGAAUCCUGACCAGCUCCAGGCCUUUGCCUCAGCAGCUCCUCACGUACAAGCCAAGACCCUUGCCACGUACUCAACUAACAUGACGCAGCACCAUGGCAACCAAAUGCCCAACAAGCCCAUGGCGAACGCCGGCGGUCCGCAGGCCCAGGGCUCCCCCAUGGUGCCGCAAGGUCCCGACGGAAGUUCCCUCUAUCAGCAAUACAACCCUGGGGAUAUGGGGGCCGGCAACAUGAGACCUGGUGCAGCCAACGGCCAGGCGAGCGGGAGCAGCAACCAUGCACUUCAGGAUUAUCAAAUGCAGUUGAUGCUGCUCGAGCAGCAGAAUAAGAAACGCUUGAUGAUGGCGCGUCAGGAGCAGGAUCUUAGCACCAACACCAUGCCGCGGGUCGAUGCCCCCGGAGGCCCCGGAAGCACAGGCGGCCCCCCUGGACCAAACGCUCAGGCUUUCCAGGGAACAUCGCCUCCCGGCGGCCGGAGUGGCGCCUCGCCGAAUCCAGCCGAGCAGAUGAAGCGUGCCAACCAGCAGAUGAACAACGCCGCGAACAUGGGUUCUCCUCUCCCAGAUGGUGCAGGAGCGCAGUCGCGAAGCUCUCCUAACUCGAUGAACUUUAUGGGCGGCAACAUGGAUCCAAACGCCGGCCCUCACUUUGGCAUGCCCAUGAACAUUGCUCAAAUGAACGGCGGGAUGCGGCCGCCGCCCAGCUCUCAUCCCCAGUUCAACGGCCAGAUAAACCAGCCACAAAUGAUGGCCGCUCAGCGCCAGGCGCAAGGGCCGGGUGCGCAGGGAGCUCCUGGGAUGCAAUGGCAGGGUGGACCAAACGGUCAGAUGGCCGGGCAGCCUCCGCAACCCAUGCAAGGGACUCCGACGCAAACUCAGCGGGCUAUGCCACCCCCAUCUGCCCCAGGGGCUGCCGCUGCCGCUGCUACGGCCAAUUCGCGCAACACAACAUCGUCUCCCCAGGUCAGCAAUGCUGCCCCUCCCACACCCCAGCAAGCGAACAAAGCGGCGCCCAAGAAAAAGGAAACCAAGAAUGCCAAGGCCAAGGCUGCCGCCCAGAAGAAGAGCAACGCGAACCUCAACAAUGCCGGAGCGACGCCCGCUGCCGAGCCAGAAGCUCCUCAGGAGGCGCCGACUCCUGCCACUCCUAUCACCCCCGUCAAUCCCGCCAGCUUUGCGAAGAACCAGAACGUCAAUGCCGCACAGGCUGUUCAAAACGGCCAACCCGCGGCACCCGCGCCUCCGCCGCAGGUUGCUCCCGUUCAGCCCCCUCACCCGGAUCCGACACAGUCAGACAUCUCUUUCAACACUGACGGAAUUGACAUGGGUUUCGAGUUUGCCAAUCCUAUGCAAUCUUCCGACGUUUUGAACGACUUUGACUUUGACUCGUUCCUCCAUGACAACAACGCUGCAGAUGAUGGCUUUGGCUUCAACUCUGCCUUUUCCAUGGAUCCAGGUGACACUUCGAUAGGGGCAACGGAUUAG